AUGGGGAAAUCCAACAGCAAGUUGAAGCCUGAAGUUGUGGAGGAGCUGACCAGGAAAACCUACUUUACCGAGAAGGAAGUCCAGCAGUGGUACAAGGGCUUCAUCAAGGACUGCCCCAGCGGGCAGCUGGACGCGGCGGGCUUCCAGAAGAUUUACAAGCAGUUCUUCCCAUUUGGGGACCCCACCAAGUUCGCCACAUUUGUUUUCAAUGUCUUUGAUGAGAACAAGGACGGGCGGAUUGAGUUCUCUGAGUUCAUCCAGGCGCUGUCGGUGACCUCGAGGGGAACCCUGGAUGAGAAGCUGCGGUGGGCCUUCAAGCUCUACGACUUGGACAACGACGGCUACAUCACCAGGAACGAGAUGCUGGACAUUGUGGAUGCCAUUUACCAGAUGGUGGGGAACACCGUGGAGCUCCCUGAGGAGGAGAACACCCCGGAGAAGAGGGUGGACCGGAUCUUCGCCAUGAUGGACAAGAACGCCGAUGGGAAGCUGACGCUGCAGGAGUUCCAGGAAGGAUCCAAGGCGGACCCGUCCAUCGUGCAGGCGCUGUCCCUCUAUGAUGGGCUGGUAUAG